AUGAGCGUGUACUCACUCUCCCCGCCACACGCCGCUCACCAGUCAGAGUCAUCCCGUCCGUCCGCCGUCUCAUCAGCCUGCCCUCUCUCUCUCUCUCUCUCUCUCUCUCUCUCUCUCUCUCUCUCUCUCUCUCUCUCUCUCUCUCUCUCUCUCUCUCUCUCUCUCUCUCUCUCUCUCUCUCUCUCUCUCUCUCUCUCUCUCUCUCUCUCUCUCUCUCUCUUGUCUGCUUCGUUCGCGAGCGCAAGCAAGAAUCAUUCGCACAACACUCAUGCACAUGUACCUGUACAUGUACUCUUCAGCAUACACAUGUGA